AUGAUAGUCAAUGCUAAUUUGAUGUUGAUGGUGGUCUUGCUAAGGGCCGGAACAUUGCCAGUGGUGAGUCCUGAGCGUUACCCCUACAUGGCGCAAAAGUUUUGGGGAAAAUUAGAUUGUGAUAAGUAUAAUCUACCAAUAAAUACGAUGUGGAUUCAAAGAGAUAGCUGUGAAGACAAUAAACGAUUCAAGUGCAAAAGAGGAUAUGUAUCACAAGUUCAAACAACUUGUAAAAACGAAGUCUGGAUUUUGGAACCAGCUUGUCAAGAGUGUCCACAAGGUGUGAAUAUCACUAACUCUGAUGAUGUAACAGAAUCUAGAAUAUUUGGUGAAGAUUUUAGUUUUAACUGUUCAGUUGGCUACACUAAGAAUGGUGAGACGGGUACUCUGAGGUGUGGUGAAAAUGGUAUGUGGCUAGAACAACAAGCUUGUCAAGGUAACAGUUUAAGAAUUUAUAGUUGUAAG